GCGCUACACUUCUCCGUACAGACAGACUACUCCGUACUCUCUCCCCCCGUGCUUCUCCUCGUCGGUCUCAAAUUUUUUCUGCUUCCUGAUCCUCAGCCAGUAGUCUAGGGCUAGGUAUCCCCUCCUCCAUCAACCGGGGGGCGUGGGGUCUCGAGGAUGCUGGCUUGUCUUGGUCUCGUUGCAGAGUUGCGCCGUACCGCCGCCGGGGCUCACCAUUCCUCUCCAGGCUCUCAUCAAGGAUGGAUCAAUCGAGACUCGUUGCGGACAUCAGGCUGUAGGCACGGCUACGGAUAGACGAAAAUGUGAGCGUCUCUCGUCUGACAUGUUGGGUGGUAGGUGUGUGAGUUUUCCUCGAAUGCGAGUGCGCUAAAGUCGUGGCUUGUGGUUUGACGGGCAGAACGGGCUGAUGUCUUGAUGAGAUGACUUUUCUUCCCAACAGGUUACAGGACUAGAGGCGGACGAACUGCCGUUACACCUGCUGUUCUUUUCUUGCCUUGUCUGGCCUUGCUCAUGCUGUCAAGAUCGGUCUGGUCCCAACUCUGACGACGUUGACGUUACAACCCACCACAUCGUGAAGCAUACCAGAGCAUGGGCGUCGAAUGCCGCAAACCGCAAAUAGGUCGGGUGUCUACGUGCUAAGGCAUAGACCGCCCUGGCGUUGACGAAACCCAAUUGCCGUCUUUUCCUGUCUCUCACUCUCUCUCAGCCCUCAGGUUGUCUCUUUUGGUCUCAUCCCCGGCCCGUCAAUCAUCAGUUGACGUUGAGCAUGCCGCAGCAUGGCGUGGCGUGGCGUGGCGUAGUGCGCCCAACGAUCCAUCCGCGACUACGACUACGUGUAUCUUAGUCCAAGGUCUAAGCAACUCCAACCAUGUUGCGUACCCUUCGGAUCAAUGUAUCCAGAUCCCUUCAUUUCUUUCCAUGAAAGAUGUCGGAGGAGGAGAAGGAUCGGCUAGAACGGCUUCCACCAAUCCUUACUGGACUCUCAUCCUUCCGCGCGUCUUGGCUUGGGUUUUCCCCGUACUACUUACUCCAUGAUCCAUCAUCCAUCCACGCUUCUGACAAGUCUGACGACGGGGAACAAGGGCUCCCUACACAGCACCUUGCGGCAAAUCCAUCUUAUUAGCUACUGUUGGGUGGUAUAAGGCAGAUUGACCUGCAUGUCCAGUCUGCCAAGCAUUGAGAAAAGAAUCCACCGACGGCGACAGAGGGCAGCAAGCAAGUGCAAAGCAAGGCUUUUCCUCUCUCUCAAUACCAGAGAAGACAGGCAAUCUCCUGCAAGGUCGGGUCUUGAUGUGUUUCUGCUUGUCCUGGGCUGCACUCAACAAGCCCAUCAUUGACCUAUCCUCAGGUCCCUACGCACACAAUUUGAGUAGACAAGAGACAUACACAGUACGGCGGGUAUGCAGGGUAAGGCUCUCACACCCAUGGCCCGGCUGUGAUGGUCAAAACGCGUUUCAACCACUGCUGCAUCAGCCUCCCUCACACACCCCUGGCUUUUUCCUACCCUCCUCGCAAUGGCAAAUCGCACACACACGAUGCUGCCAAUGGUCCCCUUCGCCUCGCUUCAAGUUCUCGCCUCCACCACUCGACCCCCAGUGCAGCACUACCACACGUUCCAAAGGCCCUGCCCACCCAUGCCUCAUCCCUUCGCCUGUCGGCUGUACAGUGUACACGACUGAUGUCGCGCCGUCGGGGGUGGGCAUCAUUCUGGUUGUCACGGUUGUUCAGAUGCAAGACGACAACCCCAGGCACACCACCUUGAGGCUAGGACGGCCGCCCGAGCAGGGGUCUGAGGGUCCCUUGUUCUGGCAUCUCGUCGUCGAGACGUGCGACACAAAUUCUUGGGACGAUCCCGAAGGUUGCUUAAAUUCAUGCCGUUCCCUCGCACCCCCCUCCCCUUCGAGUUCCCUUCUUCUUUUAGAAAUUCCAUCACUGACAACUUCUUCGAGGCGGGAUUUCCUAUUUGCUUCUCUUUUCUUAUUCUUCCGUUUACGUUUAAUUUUGUUCAACUUCUUCCAGAGGCUAGUCCUACCAAGAGCGCGAGUCGCCAAUUUCUUCGAAUAUCUCCAACUUUUUAGUAGUCACUCUCUCGACUCCGUCUCUUCGACAACCACCUAUUCACAACACUAUUUUCUCGGAUUCUUAAGAAAACUCAAAAUCAAGAUGCAUAUCUCAGCUAUGGUUGUUUCGGCUCUGGCCGCUGUCGCUUCGGCCGUCGACGUCCAGGUCGUUUCCGUCGCCUCGACGAACAACACGCUCAAGUUCUUCCCCGAGAAGAUCAACGCGCCCGUCGGCUCCAUGGUCCAGUUCCAGUUCCGCGGCGGCAACCACUCCGUCGUCCAGUCCACCUUUGACAACCCGUGCAUCCCCAUCUCCAACGUCAACACCUCGGCAAAGGGCGUCUACUCUGGCUACCAGCCCGUCGCCGCAUCUGCCGCCAAGGGCCAGAUCCCCGUCUUCACCGUCAUGGUCAACUCCACCACGCCCAUGUGGCUCUACUGCUCCCAGGGCAAGCAUUGCCAGAACGGCAUGGUUAUGGUUAUCAACGAGAACACCAAGGCAAACGCAACCCGCUCCAUUGAGAACUACGCAAAGGCCGCAAAGAACGUCGCCCAGGCCCAGAUCCCCGGCGGUGGCGCGGCCGGCGGCUCCAACGGCGGCGGCUCCGCUUCCCCCACCGGCGGUGCAGGCAGCGGCUCCGGCAACGGUGGCUCCGGUUCCGGCAAUGGCGGCUCCAACAGCGGCGGCGGCUCCUCUGCCACCCCGUCGUCUCCUCCCACUGCCGGCGCCGUCUCCCUCAGCGCACCCGGCACCUUUUUGCUCGCUCUCGGCGCUGCCUUCUUGCUCAUGUAAGAGGUUUAGUACCUUGUUUGUGUGCUUUUUCGGGAUCGGUUCAAGAUGGGAGGGGGUUAUGGAGAGAGAGAGAGG